GCCGUCCUUCUCACUCUCCUCCUUUCAGCGCCGAGACCCUCACUCUCCUUCUCCGUCGCCGGCGCCCCUUCCGUUCUGUUCUCCCGCUGUAGAACCAAGCUUAUCCUCGGCGGAUGGUAUACCGGGGAGUGCACUCUGUUUGAUUGUCUCUAAGCUUGCUCGCUCUCUCGCAAUUGCCACUGCUGAUUACCGAUCAGGGGAUGACGAUACAUUCAGUUGUCAUCCAGAAGCUACUCAGCACCAAUGCACAUUUGGGCAAGCGAGCGGUGGCUCAACACUUCAAGAUCUUCACCGAAGGAUCACGGGCCGGGGUGUCCAUAAUUGAUUCCGACAAAACCCUGAUAUGUCUCCGGAAUGCUACCAACUUUAUUGCACAGUUGGCUAGAGAGAAGAAAGCCCGGUUCUUGUUUGUCAACACCAAUCCACUUUUUGAUGAGAUAGUGGAGCAGAUGACGAAGAAGAUCGGGCUGUAUAGUCCAAGGGAUAAGGUUAUUUGGAAAAUGGGUGGGUUUUUGACCAACAGUUUCAGCCCCAAGAAGUUCCGCUCCAGGAAUAAGAAGGUUUGUUUUGCGCCAGUACAACCACCAGAUUGUGUUGUGGUGUUGGACACGGACAGGAAGAGUUCAGUGAUUUUGGAGGCUGCUAGGCUUCAAGUUCCCAUUGUAGCUCUGGUAGAUUCAAGUCUGCCACGGGAUUAUUACGAGAAGAUUGCUUAUCCUGUGCCUGCUAAUGAUUCAAUGGAGUUUGUGUACUUGUUCUGUAACAUCAUUACCAAGACUUUCUUGCUUGAGCGUAAGAAGAUGGGAGAAGCCAAGGGAGAUACUAUUGAAGAUGAGCCAGCAACUUCAACAGAAGAACUUGGAGAGGAGGUCCACCGCUGUGACAGUAUGAACAGAAUAAGCUCUGUAGCUGAUAAAAUCCUUGUUGUUCCUUAUGAGAGCUUAGCACCUGUUGUUGAAGGUUCUAUGGAAACUAAGCGGAUCUUGGAUAAGCUUGUGGUAGUGAAGUUCAAUGGUACUUUGGGAACUGCUGUCGGAUUUGACGGCCCUAAGUCCCUAGUUGAAGUAUGUGACAGUUUGACUUCUCUUGACUUGGUUGUGAAUCAAAUUCAGAAUCUUAAUCAGAAGCAUGGGUCUGAUAUCCCACUGGUGCUUAUAAACUCCAGCGUCACUCAUGAUGAUACGUCUAAGGUUUUGGAGAAAAUUUCCAGGUCAAACAUAGAUAUUCUUCCAGUUCAACAGGGCCAUCAGUCUGGGGAAUCACCUGGCCUCCAGGAAACGGAGAAUGAGCCGUAUGAUUUCUGGCCUCCAGUAUCUUCCUUUUGUGCGCCUCUGCUUUUUCUUUCCCAUCAUCAUUGUUUGUCCUUCUCCUCCUUAGCCUUCUUAGCCCUGCACCCUUCUGAUCAAGCAGCAGCAUUCCGUUCCCUGAUUAAUAGUGGGGCACUGGAUAUCUUACUAGCGAAGGGAAAGGAGUAUGUUCUUGUUGUAAGCUCUGACAACUCAGCUGCGGUCGUUGAUGCCAAGAUCUUGAAUCAUUUGAUCUCAAACAACAUUGAGUACUGCAUGGAGGUGACGCCAACUCCAUCAUCUUAUUCAAUGAACCCUAUGGCAAAUGAGUCUGAAGGAAAGUUUCAGGCAAGUUUUACAUUCAUUUGUUCUGUCCUUUAUAAGCAAUUUACAGAAAUUGCAGAGGAUACAUCCACACAUCCGAUGGAGAAUUUUAAAUUGAUUGAUACAAAAACAUUGUGGGUGAGCUUGAAAGCCAUCAAAAGGCUUGUUGAUACAAAUUCUCUGACGAUGGAAAAUCUUUCUACCUCCAAGGAAGUAGAAGACAAUCAACUUCCUCAGCAAGAUAACAUAGCUGAUUUACCUAUACGGUUAUUUAACCAAGCCAUUGGCGUUAAUGUUCCUCAAUCGCGGUCCCUUCAACUAAAUGCAACAUCUGACUUGCUUCUUAUGAAGUCUGAUCUUUACUCUGCGGUUGAUGGCUCGUUGGUUCGCAAUCCCGCCAGAAUCAGCCCCAUGGAUCCAUCCAUUGAAUUGGGGCCUGAAUUUGAAAAGAUUGAUGACUUCCAAAGUCGCUUCCAAUCCAUUCCUAGCAUAGUUGAGUUGGACUCCUUGAAAGUCACUGGGGAUGUGUGGUUCGGUACGGGUGUUACUCUGAAGGGGAGAGUAAGCAUCCAUGCGGAACCAGGGACAACAUUGAAAAUCCCAGAUGACACGGUCAUCGAGAACAAGGAACUCAAUGAUCCGGCAAACAUUUGAGAGCAUGGAGAAGAUUAGGCUUCCGCCACAUUUCUUGUUGGUACAAGUACAAUAGAGAAGAGCUCACAAAAGUUACAAAGCUUCAUUUUUCCGGGAACGUUUAUUUUGUUAUGAUGCAAUGCCGACGAUACUUUUAGCAGCCCAGAACUUAAUCAUCACAGCAGCUUGCACACGACCUGGCCUCUGAUGAUCCGGAACUGGAGCAGAGAAUUAAAACCGCUCAAAUUUCUGCUUAAUUUUGAAUAAGUUUCCAUGCCAAAGUGCCUGUAACAAAUUAUCGUCAUUCAUCUUAGUUCAUUCACGUAUGAACCCAUGCUUAUUCUGGCGUUUGUUCCUUUAGAAAUUGUGUAACGAGGAGAUCAGGAGAAAGGUAGCCUGAUGAGUAGCUUUCUUAUGGGCUGCUAGUUACAAUUUUAGUAAAAUGAGCUGAAAUCAUCUGCUCUAUAAACCUGUCUUAUCAUGAAGCAAUAAGUAUUUUUUAUUUUUCAAGCUUAAGUUUCAGUAUUU